AGCCGGUCACCUGAGCAGCGGCGAGAGAGGGAGAGAGAGAGAGAGAGAGAGAGAGAGAGAGAGAGAGAGAGAGAGUCACGUGACCCCGCCUUCCUGCCUCUCGACAUGUCAGUGGAGUAGCCUCGGCGCCCCUCAGAGGCCUCUCCAUGAGGCGCCCCACUUUCGCCCCGCUUUUCGGGGCUCCCCUCCUGUUGCCUCUUCUCUUCCUUCUCUUGGGCCAGAAAGGAGAGGCCCAGAGCUCCUUCAAUUACCAGGACCUGUGCAGUUAUACAUGGGAAGCUGUUGAUCCUGAAAAAGUGCACUAUAAAAUAAAUCUCUGUGGUAAUGCCCUAGCAUGUGGAGGAUCCAGUACUGUUUGUGCAUAUGACAUAAAAACCAAAACCUCUUUCUCAGUAGGUGACUCUUCACUGAUGAGAGGUUCUAAUUUGCUCUUGGAAUUCAACACUACAAACUCUUGUUCGCAACAAGGCCCUCACCGUGUGUUCCAAAGCAACAUCAAUUUCUAUUGUGGAAAGACUCUAGGUUCUCCAGAAUUUGUGACAUCAAGUGAAUGUGUGCACUACUUUGAGUGGAAGACAUAUCUUGCAUGCAAGAAGAAUACGUUCAAACCAACAAAAGAGGUGCCCUGCUAUAUAUUUGAUGAAGCUUUAAAGAAACGUGAUUUGAAUCCCUUGAUUAAGACGUCUGGAGGAUACUUGGUAGAAGACUCUGAUGAAGAGUUGGAGCUGUACAUCAACAUCUGUAGAAAUAUAGGGAGGUCUUUGGGUGAAACCAAGAGGUGUCCAGAAGAGAGUGCUGCUUGUCUGCUGAAAGGGGGGCAUGUAUUUGAUCUGGGACAACCUAAAGAGCCACUCAAACAGCUUGACAAAGACAGGCUUUCUGUGAGAUAUGAGAAAAAAUAUAGCAACGAGAGAGACAGACCAGACUUCUGUAGUGGCCACGAUCCUGCAGUGACAGUUACCUUUGUUUGUCCAGAAGGGAGGAGAAGAGAGGACACAAGCCCCAAACUUACUGCUCAGAGCAACUGCCGGUAUGAGAUUGAAUGGGUCACAGAGUCAGCCUGUGUCCGGGACUAUCUAGAGAGUAACAGCUGCGUUCUGACUAAUGACCAGCAUGGCAUCUAUGUGAAUUUGACACCACUUACACAAAGUCCAGGUUAUGUGACACCUUAUGUUGCUAAAGAGAGAGAAGAGUAUUUAUACUACCUGAAUAUAUGCGGGAAAACAACAGAAGACUCUUGUCAAGAUCCAUAUGCUUCGUCAUGCCAAGUCAAACCUCAAAAUAAUCAGCAUAAAGUGGCAGGAAGAUUUACCAAUCAAACCCUCAGGUAUGCCGAUGGAGACCUCAUUUUAACAUAUCCAGGAGGCGAUGCUUGCAGUUCUGGUUUCCAGCGAAUGACUGUCAUAAACUUUGAGUGCAAUCAAACAGCAGAGGAUGACGGAAAGGGAUACCCAGAGUUCUCAGAUGAAACAGACUGCACAUAUUUCUUCAGUUGGCAGACAAAAUAUGCAUGUGUUGGAGAAAAGGAAGAUCUUCCUUGUAUGGUUACCGACAAGAAGAAACGCUACGAUUUGGCACGACUGAUUCGUCAUUCAGAGUCAGAACAGAAUUGGGAGGCUGUAGAUGGUAACCCUGUGGAAGCAGUAAGGAAACGCUUUUUCAUCAAUAUCUGUCACAAAGUACUUCAGAAAGGAGGAGCAGUGAACUGUUCAAAAGAGGCAUCUGUUUGCUCAGUUGAUAAAAACAAUACCACAAAAAAUCUUGGCACCUUUAUGUCUCCCCCCACAAAUGUUGGAGAUAAGAUCCAGUUACUCUAUACAGAUGGUGAUGAGUGUAGACCAAAGAAGAGAAUUGAAACAAGGAUACUACUUAUAUGCAAGCCAGGUGACCUGGAAAGCGCUCCUGUUUUGAUUAACUCAGCGUAUGAUGUGUGCUUUUAUGAGUUUGAAUGGCAUACUGCCGCUGCCUGCGUGCUUUCGAAAACAAAAGGAGAAGACUGCAGAGUUUCUGACUCUCAAGCAGGGUAUUCUUUUGACUUAUCACCACUCAUGAAUAAGACUUAUCCAGUAAGCACGAGUGACUAUACCUUUCAGAUCAGUAUUUGUGGCAGUUUGCCAGACUCACUGUGUGGGUCAAAGUCAGCAGCAUGUCAAGUUAAAAAAAGUGGUACAGACAAAUGGAGCUUGGGGACCCCCAGUUCUGAGCUCUCCUAUUAUGAUGGAAUGAUUCAGUUGAACUAUCAAAAUGGCACACCCUAUAACAAUGCAAACCACACACAGCGGUCCACUCAUAUAACCUUCCUGUGUGAUCGUGAGGCAGGGCCAGGAGUACCUGAAUAUCAGGCAGAAGACAAUUUCACCUACAACUUCAAGUGGUACACUCAGUAUGCUUGUCCAGAGAUACCCAUAGAGUGUGUUGUAACUGAUCCUCAUACCAUGGAGCAAUAUGAUCUUUCAAGUUUGUCAUUAUUUGGAGACAGAAGUGAAAAUUGGUUUGCAAUGGACAAUUCUGAGCACAAAAAAUACUACAUAAAUGUCUGUCGGCCCUUGAACCCUAUUCCAGGAUGUCAUAGAUGGGCAUCGGUCUGUGAAGUGACAUAUCAAGGCGGGGGAAGUUCAGGUUCUUCAGUUUCAAAUAGUAACUUGGGGAUUGCCAGACAGCGUCCCAUUAUUGAAGGACAUGGUAGAAUCCUUUUGAACUAUACUGGUGGCUCUUUGUGCACUGGGUCAGAUGAUAAGAGUGAGCAUUUCUCAAGCCUCGUCCAUCUCUCCUGCUCCAAAGGAACUCUUAAUAGCAGCCCGAGAUUCAUAGAGAUUAAAGAUUGUGUUGCUACAUUUUUAUGGGAGACUGAAGCUGCUUGUCCAGUGACGACAACAGAAGGCGACGCACAGAGCUGCUCUGUGAAGGAUCCCAACACUGGAUUUGUAUAUAAUCUGGAGCCAUUAGCUAUAGAUGACGUAUACGUAACCGUGGGAAUUGGAAAGACCUAUAUGAUGAAUAUCUGUGGACCGGCAAAAGGAUGCACAGCUAAAACUACACCUGCAAAUGAUUCUAUUGGUGGAUGUGAAGCAGAGAAUCUCGAACACAUUCGCUUGGUGAAGCUAAAUAAAACUCUUCAACUUUCUACAGAAGGAUUCCUGUCUCUUACAUACAGAGGACCCAAUGAUACCUUCACUAUUACCUUCAUCUGCAAUGAGUCCUAUCCUGGAGAACUCACAUUUGUGCAUGAAGAGAUGAAUUCAGCUCUAAGGAUUCAUGAUACAUUCUUUGAAUUUCACACAGCCUUAGCCUGCCCACCUGCACCAGUUGACUGCCAUGUUACUGAUUCUGCUGGCAAUGAAUAUGAUCUGAGUGACUUGAGCAGAGAUAACAAGCCAUGGGUUGCCUUAGAUACAUCUAAAGAGGCCAAAACAAGAACUUUCUAUCUGAAUGUUUGUAAACCCCUUCCAUACAUUCCAGGGUGCCCAGGAGGUGUAAUAGGGUCUUGUAUGAAAUCGGGUGGUAAAGGUCAGAAUCUUGGUAUGAUUCAGAUAAGUCCUCAGGCUGCCACGGAUGGCUCCCUUAGUAUUGUGUACUUGAGUGGGGACAAAUGCAGAGGUACCCAGCAGUACUCAACCCGGAUCAUCUUCCAGUGUGAUCAAUCUAACGGAUCACCUGUGUUUCAACAUGAAGAGGACUGUGAAUUCGUGUUUCUCUGGAGAACAGUAGCAGCUUGUCCUUUGCAUAGAGCAGAAGGUGAUAACUGUCAAGUGAAAGACCCAAGAUACGGUUAUGUUUAUGACCUGAAGUCACUUAGUGGGGCCGAUAAAAAAGUGAGCACUGAUGAAUAUGACUACGUCUUCAGAAUCUGUGAUGGAUUACCAACAGGAAUUUGCAAACCACCUAACCAAGCUACCGAUAUUGUGUCAUCGUGUCAAAUUAAGAAGCAAACUCCAACUUUUAAGAAAAUAGCAGGUUUGCAGACAGCAAAACUGACAUUUGAAAAUGGAUUAAUCAAAAUCAAUUACACCAAUGGAGAGACCUGCCACAAAAUAUACCAGCGUUCAACAGCCAUAUUUUUCUAUUGCGAUACCCAUACAAAUUUGGAGCCAGUGUUUCUGAAGGAAACAGAAGAUUGCACCUAUAUGUUUGAAUGGCACACUCCUUUGGCCUGCCCACCUUUCAGAUCAGUUGACUGCUCCUAUAAAGACAGUGCUGGCAACUCUUAUGAUCUGUCUUCUCUGACACGACACAAGGAAAACUGGGAAGCAAUUUCAAGAACAGAUUCUGCAGUGAAAUAUUACAUCAAUGUCUGCAAAUCUUUAGUGCCAUAUCAAGGAACAGGUUCCUGCCCACCAGAUGCUGCAGCAUGCCUUGUGGAUGGCUCUAACCACGUAAGCAUGGGUGAAGUAGAUGAGGGACUGCGACAGGAAAACAGCGUACUUGUACUUACCUAUAUCAACGGGGAGAUGUGUCCAGAUCAGAUCCGGAAGAAAUCUACAAUAAUACGCUUCAAGUGUGAUGAAAGUAGAAUUGACUCUAAGCCAGAACUUAUAACAGCCCUUGAGGACUGUGAAUAUACUUUCCUCUGGUUCACAGCGGCAGCAUGUCCUCUGAAGAGUAAUGUGCACAAUAAUUGCACAGUAUCCAACCCUCUUACAGGACAUCUUUUUGAUCUUAAUCCUCUGAAGAGACAGGAUGGCUACACUAUCUCUGACAUGCGGAGAUCCAGGACACUCCACUUGAGUGUCUGUGACGAGGGUAGAAAUCUGUGCGGUAGUGGAAUUGGUGUUUGUGUCACUGAUGGUCAUCAGCCAUUGGUUGAUGCGGGAAAACUGAAUAAAACUGUAACCUAUGAGGAUGGAGUUCUGAAGCUUGUCUAUGAAGGAGGACAGCCGUGCCCUACUGAUUCCAGUUUGAAGUACACCAGCUAUAUCAGCUUUGUGUGUAAACCUGAUGCUGGGCCUGGAAGCCAACCUGUCCUUGUCUCUCUUGAUGAAGUGACAUGUGCUUAUUAUUUCUCUUGGCACACUGCUAUAGCCUGUGAAGAAGAGAGUGUGGUGGAAUGCUCAGUGAAGAAUGACAGUACAAUAAUUGACCUUUCUCCUUUGAUACACCCAUCUGGCUCCUACGAGGCAUAUGUCUCAUCUGACACUUCUGACCUCAGUUCAGAUUUUUAUAUAAACAUUUGUCAACCUCUGAACCCUAUCAGAGGUGUCAAUUGUCCACCUGGAGUAGCUGCCUGCAUGGUCCCACUUGCUAGUCCUCCAGUGGAUAUUGGUCGCAUUGUUGGCCCUCCCAAGUUGAAUGCUGAAACCAAAGAUGUCUUUAUUGUUUACAAAAGUAACACUCCUUGUCCAGAAGAUAGAAGCCUCAACUAUUCCUCCCGUAUCGUGUUUCAUUGCAGUAGAGGAACAAAUUUGGGCAAACCCAAAAUGAUAGGCAAAUCCAAUUGCGAAUAUAUAUUUGAAUGGAGCACUCCAGUUGUCUGCCUUGAUAAAGUGGAGGUUUCCGGUUGUUCUCUGACUGAUGAGCAAUUGCACUUCCCUUUCAACUUAUCAAGCCUUUCUGGAAAAUCUUACAAGGUCCUUUCUGGAAGCAGGAGUUACCAUUUAGGGGUCUGUUCUAAUGCAGCAGAUGUCCCCCAAGGAAAAUGCAAAGAUGCAGCAGUAUGUUUGGUCUCUGGCAACAAGGCUACCUCAUUUGGCAACAGAAAUGAAAUGAAAAUGGACUACCGGCAUCAAGACGAAGCUGUCAUUUUGCAGUAUAAGGGUGGUGAUAUGUGUCCUCCAGUGACUGAAAUGGGUGAAGUGUGUGUCUUCCCUUUCCAGUACAAGGGUAAAUCCUAUUCCGAUUGUAUUAGACAAGACCAUGAGCGUCCAUGGUGUGCCACGACUGAAAACAUGGAUAAAGACAACAAGUGGGGCUUUUGUGGGAAUGUAUUCGGACAUCGAGAAUCUACAAUUAUUUUCAAAUGUGAUGACAAUGCUGGAAAUGGGAGUCCUCAGCUUUUGAGUGAGACACUUGGCUGUGCUGUAACAUUUGAAUGGAAAACACAAGUUGUCUGCCCACCCAGGAAAAUGGAGUGCAAGUUUAUUCAGGAGCACAAAACCUAUGAUUUGAGAGUGCUUUCCUCCCUCACAGGAUCCUGGGUCUUUGCUGACAAAGACAGCUCAUCUUACUACAUGAAUCUCUGUCAGAGAGUCCACGAAGGUCCCACAGGCUGCCCUGAACAGGCAAGUGUUUGCCGAAAAAAUCCAAAUGGAGCCGUGCAGGUUCUGGGAUUAGUGCAUACUCAGAAACUGAAUGUGACAGGUGAUAAAGUCCUUGUCAGUUACUCCAAUGGUCAUGAAUGUCAACAGAGGGGGAAGAAAGCAACAACUGUCAUAGAGCUCAAAUGUGCAAAAACAGUUGGCAUGCCUAGAUUUGAUAGGAUUGAUGAAGAAAAUUGUGCCUAUUACAUCACAUGGGAAACGCGGGCAGCUUGUGCAGUGAAACCUCAAGAAGUAACUAUAAAGAAUGGCACAGUGAUAAAUCCAGUGACUGGGGCAAAUUUCAGUUUGGGUGAUAUCUAUUACAAAUUAUACAAUGCCUCUGGUGAUAUCAGAGCAAAUGGUGAUAUCUACAUUUAUGAGAUUCAGCUUUCUUCUAUCACUCAAUCAAAAAAUGAGGAAUGCUUGGGAGCAAACAUAUGCCAGGUUAAAAAAUCAGAAUCCCGCAAACGGAGAAUUGGAUCUUCUGACAAGGCAAAAUAUUACAUUCAAGAUGAUGAUCUGGAUGUCGUGUUUUCCUCCGACUCCAAAUGUGGCAGAGACCCAACCAAAUUUGUGUCCUCAACCAUUUUCUUCCACUGCAGUGAGCAGGCCAAAGAAGGCAUCCCCGAAUUCCUUCAUGAGUCCUCCGAUUGCCAAUAUCUCUUUACCUGGUACACUUCAGCAGUCUGCCCAUUGGUAACCUCAGAGACUACGAAUGACAAAACAUUUGUGGAAGACCAUUCUUAUAAAGGCCUCUCAGGAAGAAGCCAAGCAGUUGGUGCAUUACUGAGUUUGCUCCUGGUGGUACUUACAGUAUGCCUCAUAAUCAUGUUACUUUACAAAAAGGAAAGGAGAGAGACUAUGAAGCAAAAGAUAGCCAAUUGCUGCCAGAGAACAUCAAAUGUUUCCUAUAAGUAUACAAAGAUAAAUACCGAAGAAGUGAAUGAAAAUGAAACGGAAUGGCUCAUGGAAGAAGUUGCUGCUCCAAAUCAGAAGUCAGGAAAUGACGGGCAAGGAAAUGGCCACAUUGCUAGUAAAGCAGUCAAAUCAGAUGCUCUAACAUCCCUUCAAGUGGAUGACAUGGAUAGCGAGGAUGAAGUUUUGACAAUACCAGAGGUCAAAAUCCAUUCAGCUAGAGACAUUCAGUCUCGAGGCUUAGGCACAACGAGGCCUCCUUAUAGCAAGCCUCUUCAUCUCACAAGCAACGAUAAAGCUAACCUGCUUAAUAACAGCAAGAAAAGCAAAGGCAGCACUGCUUUUGGCCAGCAGAAGCUACAGAACUCAACAAACACAGCAUCAUUUCACGAUGACAGCGACGAGGACUUGUUGAACGUUUAAACCUCCUGUUGUGCCUAUUCACAAUUCCGUGUGUAUGUAUUGAGGCGGGACAACAAAACACUUCCAACCAAAUAUGAAGACUUUAGCUUCAAAUGCCUUCUGUAAGGGACUGUUUCAAAGGGAAAGGGGGAAGGAGGGUCAGUCCUAGUUUACAAUUUAUUUAGUGAUUGCUGGAUUUCUAGCAUUCAGUGAGCUUGAAUCGCGAUGAUUCUUCUCCCUUCUCUAUAGAUGUCACAAAUGGCGUAUUGCUUUCCAAGGGUGGGGUCAGGUCUGAACAAAAUCCACUCAGCUUCAACAUGAAACUUGCAUUUUUAACACUCUCCUUUGUAUUUAUUGCUCUCACAACUCAGGUUCACAGAAAUAAUAAUUGGCAAUGAGUUCUUCCUGCAGGCAGGGUAUUUCUUCUACAAAUUCACACAUAUGAAAUGGAGAUAGAAGGUUCUGUGUAUGUUUGCUUGGUUGCUUUGGUGUACAUUUUUGGAGCUGUUUCAAAUUGCCUGUAUAUUUGAUUCCUAUAUCCUAACUUAAAUGGCUUGUUAUGAUUUGAAACAUGUUUUUACUGGAAGGUACGAAUCUCUAUAGCUUUAGCCUUGGGACAGUGGCUGUCCUUUGCAUGAUAAGUCUUUUUCGGUACCAAUCGUAUGAAGUCUCAUCAGUAUUUCCAAAGCUGUUGAAAAGCAGCAUGGAAGGACUAGUUAACUGGUACAGCUCCUCCUAACUGAAUUGUCAUGAUGAGAGGGAAAAAGCUGUACUUUUCUCAAAUUCUUUUCUGCUUCAUUGGCCAUAGAAGGAAGGGGGGUAUCCUUUCCCUUCUGGAGGAAGCUCAUGUCCUUGCCAUAUGGGAAUAGUUUAUUCCAAGCCAAACUGUAGAAUUUCUGGAACAUCAGCCUCACUGCCCUCCCAGGAGUUGUAUAUCUACUUUAAAGAUACAUGUCUUAAAAGCCUUGGUUGCACAGAGACGUACUCCUAUUCUGCUAACAGGUGAACAACAAGAUGCAAAAAAAGUCACCUUUGGAUACUGUUACUAACUAUUCCAGUAACCCAGGAGCCUCAGUGAUGAAACUACAUUGCUGGCAAGACUGAAUGGUGAUCUCCCUGCAGUACUCAGCUUCUGCUCAGUUGUCUCUCAAGGGACUCACGGACAAUACAUGAGUUUCAGUACACAACGAACCAGUCCUUGGGCUGGCCAGGCACUCUUCCUUGUUCAUACCUUUUCCUAAUCACACUGGUUUCCUUAAGGUGGUUUCUGCUUGGGAAUCAAAUUUAAUGUAACAAAGUGUUCAAACAAUUUCAAUAAAAGUUAAAUUAUGUUUCCCUAGGAA